AUGAUAUUGGACGAUCUCUUGAGUCACAUGAUUCAGCUGACGGACUCGCGAUUCAGGUCACUUCCAUCUGCCUCUCUUGGUUCUCGCGAAAUCCUCUCCUCUCUACCUUUCUCUCCCCCUUCCGUGCUUCCAUCAACUGUUGGGCUUUCUCUUCGUCGUCAUCGCUGCCAUUGGGCUUCCUCUUCGGGCAUCACCGCCGCCUUCCCCUCUGUCGUCACCAUUGCCACCACUGACUUUAAGGUCAUACUGUCCGAUACUAAUGUUCCUGUGGAAGGAGAACACAAAAUCAUAGCAUUUAUAUGGCUUCAAUACAACCUUCCUGAUUACAACCUAAUCAUGGCAAAUAAGCUUGUACUUGUCCAUGUUGACAAAAUGAAGAUGGUGCUAUUCCCGAAUCAAUUAUUACUGAAAAUCACAGAUCGAUGUGUCCGAAAUGCUGCGAAUCGGGCAAGAUAGACCAUCCCGCACUGUGGAGGUUCGAGGCCGUUCGCUCACCGUAUAGAGUAGAUAGAAAGUAAUUUUUAUUUAGCAUAUUUUAAUUUUUUAACUAUUUAAAAUUUUUUUAUUAAUUAUUCUCAAAUUGCAGAGAGAGAUAUAGAGUGGCGAACGGACCCAUCAAUGACAGUAA